GUGCUGGGGAGCGUAGUCGAUCCUCUUGCUCUCCAUCUUGGCUGAGCUGACCGGGAGUCUAGCUUGAUAUAGGGCAGUGAAAGCGCAAGCCCGAAGACAUGGAAGUACCCGAUGGCAUGCUGACCGCGCCCAGGGGACAUAUCACUGGCCCGAGGCAGUACGGGCUGACACUGCCGGGGCACCGCAGGACGCUCAGUGGACCCCCCCUCCCGCCCCCCGCCAGCCUCCCCGUUCUCCCCGACCCAACCGCCCACACCAUGAGCGUCGAGGUGGGCACGCCGGGCACGCCGGGGACCACGCCCACGCAGCCCCUCACGCACCACUUCCACGCCACGCCGGACCACGCUACCGUCGCGCUCCAAGCUAUGAACAAGCUCAGGAUGAACUCGCAGUUGUGCGACAUCGAACUUGUAGCUGGGGCUGUGUCCGUCUUCGCGCACAGAGUGGUACUGGCUGCGGCUUCGGCUUAUUUUCACGUCAUGUUUAAUAGUAUGUAUUUGCGCUUCUCUUGUUGCUGUUAUGACAGGGUCAGACUCAUCAUUAUUCAAGCCUAG